UUUUCUUAUGGAAGACUUAUGACAUCCGUCUUGACCAUCCAUCCUCUGAUGUGGCCCGAGAAUAAGUCAAACUUCUCUGAAAAUCUGUCGUAUUGGGAUCAAAGGUUGGUAAUGAAAUGUCCGCCAAAAUCUCACUUAUCGUGGCAUUGGGCAGUUCAUCGUCUGGUGAGUUGCUCUGUUUCUCGACAAGCUCUUCGGAAUUGUUGUCCGUCGAAAGUCGGAAGCUUAGGAAACAACGGUUCCCACAAAAGAAAUCUGACUCCGCUUCGAUUCGACCAUGAGUUCAAGACUCGUAAAGGCUGGAAAUUCGAGUGGAGCUGGAAAGUAUCUCUCGCUGCUCUGAACUAGGCUGAACUGGAAGCAAUGACUUCGGAGGAAUUACAUGGAACGUAGCUGCAGCUGAGAGCGUAGACGUAUUGCGUUAGGACGGCAGCGUCAGGAGCUUUCCAUAGGCAGGAAGGUGCUAUGAGGAUUAUCGGGUCUACGAAGGGAGCUAUGAGCCGGCUGUGGAUUUUUGCGUAUCUGAUGUCGUACGUUGGGUCUGUGACUUCUCAACGUGUAAACACGGCUCCUGCAGAAAAAGAGGCAUUGCUCGCGUUCAAAGCCGCUUUGCGUGAUCAGGACCGACUUCUUGAAGAUUGGAAACAGAGCACCGAUCCUUGUUUCGAUAAGUGGUAUGGAGUGUACUGUGUACCCACAGAUGGACCCGCGAAUGUCGAUACCAAUUUCGAGCACGUAACUGAACUGCGCCUACUGAAAUUAAAUCUGGGCGGAAAUUUGGUUCCAGAGCUUGGGAAUCUUACAGCCAUAAAAUACUUAGACCUCUAUGGAUGUUUGCUCGAGGGUACGAUUCCACCUGAGCUUGGAAAAUUAACCAAUCUCUACUCGCUGACGUUGAGUGGGAAUAAAAUUAGCGGUGUGAUGCCCAAGGAGCUUGGCAACUUGAUCAAUCUUAACCGCCUACAGUUGGACGAAAAUGAGAUUUCAGGAGAACUUCCAUCAAGGUUUUCGAAUUUGGUGAAGUUGCAGCACAUGCAUCUCAAUAACAAUUCUCUAGAAGGAUCUAUACCGAAGGAGAUAGGACAACUCCCAAUUGUUGUGCACAUAUUGCUCGACAAUAACAACAUGACUGGGAAACUUCCCGCGGAGAUAGCGAACAUUAGUGUGUUGAGGAUAUUACAGCUAGACAACAACAAAUUUACUGGUGGCAUACCGUCAGACUACGGCAACUUGACAAAGUUGACCAAACUGAGUUGUAGAGAUUGUGGCCUUUCGGGCCCAAUUCCAGACCUAAGCAGACUCACCGAACUUGCUGUUCUGGACUUGAGCUUGAAUACUUUUGAAGGGAACAUUCCGUCGCUCAUGACAGGAAAUAUGACCUCUAUAAAUCUCUCCCGGAAUCAGUUGGUGGGAGAAAUUCCUCAAUCACUUCAGUCUGCUAAACGCCUCCAAUAUUUAACACUUGCUAACAACCAGCUUGGAGGUCCAAUUCCAGAGUUUACGAACGUUGAUUACAGUAACGUAUCACUGCUGGACUUCCAAAACAAUCACUUUGACUAUAUAAGUUUGCCAAUGCUGGCAAAUGCUGUGAGCAAACCGAAUUUUUUUCUAUGGUUGUCCGGGAACGCAGGGAUCUGUCAAGGAUCAGUGGCAAUUUUUGAACUCAGGUCCUUAUGUGAGCCGGCAUAUUCUGAUCCCUUCAGCCAGUCUGGAACUGGUGACGAACCACCAGGGGGGCCUUUAGUUGUCACUUAUAGGCUCAAAAGUCCAAGUUUUCAGAUAUUCACAACCUACAUCCAACAACUUUUCCUCGACUACAUAGCAGUUGGGCUAUCUAUUGAUACAAAACAGGUCCACAUUCUGUCAUGGGAAUGGCAGCCCGGUCCGAGGCUGGGGAUGGUGAUCUUGAUUUAUCCCAGUCAGGGUAAAUUCAAUCAGUCUGAAAUUGAUCGCAUUGGAAACGUACUUGCUCACUGGGAGGUCAAAAAUAGCACGUUCUACGGACCUUAUGAACUCUUAGGGUUCUCUCAAAUUCAAAUAGGAGGGGGCCUGUCAGUAGCAGAAAAAGCAGGAAUUGGAGUGGCGUCAGCCGCAGUUGUAGCAUUUAUCAUUCUGGGAAUAUUAUUACUUAAGAUGCUUCGGAAUCGCUGGAGAAUGAGCCCAGCAGAAAAGAGGAGACAAAGACUGUUAUCCAAGACCCCAGCGCAGAGCAUGCUGAAAAUAAAGGGAGUACAAGCAUACACCUACAAGGAAAUGGAGAAAGCAACCGAUGGAUUCAGCGACUCCAAUCAGGUGGGACGAGGAGGUUACGGAAAAGUUUACCGCGGGAAAUUGGAAGAUGGAACAAUUGUCGCUAUAAAGAAAGCAGAGGAGGCAGCUUUACAAAGAAAUACGGAGUUUAACAAUGAGAUUGAACUGCUCUCUCGUUGUCAUCACCGAAAUCUCGUAUCUUUGAUCGGAUACUGCAACGACGAAUCAGAGCAGAUGUUGGUCUACGAGUUCAUGGAAGGCGGUACCUUGCAUGAUAAUCUGAAUGCUGCAGCCUCUACACCUAUAGACUUCGACUUACGUCUUCGAAUUGCUCUUGGAUCUGCCCGUGGAAUUCUCUAUCUGCACACCGAAGCUGAUCCUCCUAUUUACCAUCGUGAUAUCAAAGCCACGAAUAUUCUUCUGAAUGACAAGAAAGAGGCGAAGGUUGCGGAUUUUGGGCUGUCACGGCUUGCUCCUGUUCCUGAUCUUGAGGGGGUCGUCAUGACUCAUGUGUCGACCGUUGUGAAAGGAACUCCGGGAUACUUGGAUCCGGAAUAUUUUCUGACGCACCAGCUGACUGACAAGAGCGAUGUGUAUAGUUUCGGUGUUGUACUUUUGGAGCUCCUGACAGGCAUGCAACCAAUUUCUGGUGGGAAGAAUAUCGUGCGAGAGGUCAAGCAAGCAUAUGAAAAUGGAGAGUUGUUGAAGGUAAUUGACACGAGGCUGGGUUCCUAUCCUCUGGAGAUCGUAGAAUCAUUUGCGAAAUUGGCAGUCAGUUGUGUAGCGAACGAACAAGAAGCUCGACCUCGGAUGCAAGAAGUUUGCCGCGUGUUGGAGGAACUGAACAGCAAAGUACCAGGUCAAGGAGUAUGGUCGACGUCAUCAACUUGGAGUAUAGAUAAUGCGAAGGAUUUUACCAGAUCCGCAGAAUAUCCAUUCGAAUCAGGUUCUGUCCUUUCAAGCAGCCAUGGUCAGUUCUUCCAAUCGGCAGCUUCACGGUAUUAUCGAGUAACGUCCCGAUAAUUGGUGACCAAGGGGUAUCCAUCAUCAAUCAUCCAGCAUCUAUUUUUGGCGGCAGAACUUUUAAUCAGUUUUAGUUUGGAGGUGUGUGCCACAUUGAGUGACAAACAUCUUCAGCCAUAUUCUGGCUUUUUCACAAUACGUAUUGUCGAUUUAGUGCACGCCAUGUGUAAGUUCCGAAUUGUACAAUAUAGAAGAGACUGGACAAAUGAGUAGCUGUAUCAUAGUGAACUGUUGUGAAAAUGGUUUAGGUUCCGUAAUGAUGGACACUCAAGUUACCUUAUCUAAACCUUUUUCAUUCACCCUAUUUCAUUCACAUCAAGUAAGGUAGUAAGAGGAGUCCAUG